AGCGGCCGCUUCUCCUGCCCGCCUUCCCGGGGGCUCAGGGACCUCGGGAAAGACCCCCAGGGCUCCGCUCCGUCCUUCCUCCGGAUCCGGGGCGCCUCCCCGAGGUCGGCAGAAGCGGCGGCUGCUCUGACAAGUCCCAUGGAGAGCCCGGAGGAGGGAGGAGUCGCUGCAAGCCCGGCCGACAUGGCUGCCCUAAACGCAGCCAAGCGCGCUCUGCGCGCGGAGCUGAAGCGCCGCCUGAAAGAACUGAGCCAAGCCGAGAAGCUGCGCCAGUCGCGCCUGCUGGCCGGCAAGCAGGUGAUGGCCCAUCCUCGCUACCUUGCUUCCCAGCGCAUUGCAGUCUUCUUGAGCAUGCCGGAUGAGGUCCAGACCAAUGAAAUCAUCAAAGAUGUUUUUCAAAAAGGCAAAGCAUGUUUCAUUCCAUGGUACAAGCCCCAAAGCAGCCACAUGGACAUGGUCAAGCUCGCUUCCUAUGAAGAAAUUGCCUCGCUUCCUCUGACAUCCUGGAAUAUCCAUCAACCAGCUGAAGGUGACGUGCGGGAAGAUGCAUUGGCUGUGGCAGAUGGUCUGGAUCUCAUCCUGAUGCCGGGACUUGGUUUUGACCAAACGGGGAACAGGCUGGGAAGAGGAAAAGGGUAUUAUGAUACCUUCCUCCAACGAUGCCAGCAGCAUCCGAAAGGAAAACCGUACACAAUUGCCUUAGCUUUCCAAGAACAAAUGUGCAGUAUGGUCCCUGUGUCUGAAACUGAUAUGAAAGUGGAUGAAAUCCUCUUUGAAGACUCUAAGCAAGAACUCCAAUGAAUGACUGACCGUUGCUUUUCAUGGAAUUUAUGGACCGCUUUGUUCACACCUAUUCUUCAUGGUGAGGAACUGUGGUUAACUGCUGCCAAUAUCUUUGUUAUCUCAACUCCUUAGCUGUGUUGAGGAUGGUACUACCACUUCUGCCUGUAAAGAACCAAGAGGUCAUGUGUCUAGAUUAUGUGUCAAGGUUCCAAUUGACAAACCAACCAAGUAAACACCUUCAAGACGUUUCAA